AUGUGUGCUGCUACUGACUUCUUGUUUUGGCUAGCUGAUGGAUUGGUCGAAAUUGUAAGGGCUUGUCUUUGGCUUAGUUAUAGGCUUAAUUUUAGGUUUUGUUUAGGCUUAGGUUUAUGUUGAGUUAAUAAAUAUUAAGGAAAGUAAAAUACGUUGGUUGAGACUACGAUGUUUUUAGAAAGGAAAACAGUACGAAGACAUAGUGUUCGUUAAAAUCGAAGGUCCAUUGAGCUACUUUAGCCGAACAGCUCAUAUUAUUGGUGUAGCUGGCUAUAUCACGACGGCUUGCUUAUCAAUGACGGCUUUACCAGCACAAGCCUACUUUCGGUACUAUGCUUUGACUCAGUAA